UAAGUACUCAUUAUGUAAUACCCUAGAUAGUUCAAUGCGAAGUAAGAGCACUGUGAUAAAGAAGGGGAAACCGCAACUUUUUUAUGGUUUGACAUAAUUCGCUUCCAGAGAAUUUAAAGUUAAUGUUAAAAAAUUGUUUUAAGUUCAAGUUUGCAUCCGUUGUAAUUUUCCGGGUUCUUGAAUUAUGCAGAACUACACAGAGGUUCUGAAGGACUUCGUAGAGAAGCAUAGUACGGGUCUCACAGUCGCUGCUGUUGCAGGAAUAGGGAUUCUAGGUUUGCGAAGAUGGAUGGCAGGAGGGGUUUGUCGGAGCAAGGCCAGGCUGGAUGGCAAAACAGUCCUGAUUACAGGAGCAAACACUGGGAUUGGGAAAGUGACAGCCAUGGAUAUGGCUCAGAGAGGUGCCAGAGUGAUCAUGGCCUGCAGAGACAUUCCCAAAGCCUACAGUGCAGCAGAUGAAAUUCGUCAAAAAACUGGGAACAAUAACCUUUUGGUAAAGAAACUGGACCUCGCAUCACUGAAGUCUGUCAGGGAGCUAUCUAAAUACGUCCAAGAGAACGAGAAGCGCCUGGACAUCCUUAUUAACAAUGCAGGUAUUAUGAUGUGUCCUAAGUGGAAGACAGAAGAUGGUUUUGAAAUGCAGAUUGGUGUCAACCACUUGGGACAUUUUCUCCUCACCAAUUCUCUUCUUGACCUGUUGAAGAAAUCAGCUCCAAGUCGUGUUGUGGUUGUUGCAAGCGUUGCACACGUUACAGGUCGCAUUCAUUUCGAUGACAUUAACCUAGAUAGAAACUACGAUAAUUUGGUAAGCUAUCGGCAAAGCAAGCUGGCAAACAUUCUCUUUGCCAAGGAAUUGGCUGCAAGACUGCAAGGCACCGGUGUGACAGUGUACAGUCUUCACCCUGGAUUGAUUCGCACUGAGUUAGGUCGCCACCUGUUCCCUCACUGGUCUUGGUGGAAGAGAAUGAUAGCCUCAGUCCUGAUGAUGAUUGUUAAAAGUCCCUGGGAAGGAGCCCAAACCAGUAUCUACUGUGCUGUGGAGGAGAGUCUGGCAAACGAGAGCGGCCUCUACUAUAGCGACUGUGCUCGCAAAAAGCCUGCAGCUCCAGCUCUUGAUGACGCUGCUGCCAAAAAGUUGUGGGACCUCAGUGCCUCCAUGGUUGGUCUUUCCUAAACAUGGCCUCCUCACUUCAGUAACCACUUCCUUCCAGUGGAGUUGGUAACCCCGUUUACAUGGGAGUACAAAGAGCUUCAAUUUAAUAUAAUUGUUUAAUCACUAAUGGGUAUUUGCAUUAAUUAAGAUUUUUCACAUGCUUGUUUUUCAAAACACAUAGAUGCUUCCAGCACAAUUAUUUGCACUAUUUACUCUUAUUCCAGUGAAGUAACACUUGCCAUAAAGAGGUGCUAAGCUUUAUUUUUAUAUCACAAACAAUUUAUAUACGCAUGAUUUGUUUUUUCUUUAAUUGUACUAGAGGUAUAAGAAUACAUGUGUUCUUGACAAACUGUGACAGUCUGAUGUUUUCACACAGAUUUAUCAGUUACAGGCCAUCACAGGUCUUGUGGACAAGAGGAUGGACAUAAGGCUUUUUUGUGAUCUGUUUAGUACCAAUAGAAAACAUUAGUGAACAAAAAAUGUUAGUUAAAGCAGUUCAAGCGUUAGACAUGUGGCUGUUUCAAUCAAACAUCCACAUCAAAGCUAGUCUCCUCAAAUGGCUAUAGGCGACAAAUUAAAACAGCAAAAAAGUAUAAAAAAGCAGCAGAACAAAAAUCGACCAUUGUUCCACAGAUUAGAGAUGGAUAGUUCUGUGAACUACUUUCGGAAGAGUUUGUAAGGCAGUAAAUUGUUAUCACCAGAUUUCUUCCUUCCAAGUUUAAAAUGUUCUGGUCACUGGAGAGUCCUGCAGCAACAAAGCAAAGCUCAACUAGCUUUUCCAUUCCAUAAAUAUCCAUGUUACUCACCUGUUUUGCUAAUGUUAUAUCACGUCAGAAGAAACCAUUGCACACAUUAAAGCUGUUUGAUUAACAAGGUAAGGGUAUGUAAGUAAAGGACACUGAUAUAGUUUAAGAAGCAAAAGAUUUUAACAAUACAGAAGUUUGGAGACUUAUUUUAUGUAAUCAAAAAUAUUUUAUUUUAUUUUUUUGUGAUAAAGCCACAGUGAGCACCACCUAGUUCAUAUAAUGGAAACAAGAACAGUCAUUUAUGAAUAUAUGAAUGAAGAACUUUACCCAAUAUUUUAGGGUAUUUAUCAUGAUGACUCUAAAAAGCAUUUGAAAAUGUGUCAGUCUGAAAUCUUGCAUAAGCACCUGAUAUGAAAAAUGCCAUUUUACGCCACAAAUUCCAUUAAAUCCUGCUACUAUGGUGCUACAGUGCAUGAUAUUUGCACAUUUUAAGAUAAAUGUGUGAUUUAGUUAUGCCUCCGUAGAAACAUCAGUGGAAAAUAACUUGAAACAGUGACAGCCCUGUGUUUGCAAAAUAAAGCUAGCAAUUAUGCCUUAUCUUUCCAUAUACUUUUACGCCCCUAUUUGUCACUUAAAUGUUCUAAUUAACCCAUUAUUUAGAUGAGUGUGGUGAUUUCACAAAGCAAUAUUAUUAACAAUGUAAAUUCACAGCAAAGCUACAGAUUUUCAAGAAUACACAAGAAACAAUUAAGGCUUUGAAACCUUUAUUGAUGGUAUUUUACAAAAGAAGACAACUUUUAGUUUUAUGUUCAGUUCUAUGUCCGCUCAAGAAGUAAAAAAAAGUGAAGCAAGAGGUUUUCUGUAAAGGAAAUGGCUCUUGACCCGUGACGACAGCAUUUGGAGGAUUGUUGCACUUUAGAAGAGAUGAGAUCCUGAGAAUGUAAACGUCUCUGGGGCGCAGAACAGAUUGGAAGAAGAAAUACAACCAGGAGGAUUGCAUAACUCACCCUAACAUGAGAUAAUUGCGAUGCUAGGAUAAGGCUGUUUUUUUAUUCCUUUAAUAUAAAGAUUUUCUGUGUGUGGUAAUGGAACCUGAGCUCAUAAGGUGCAAAGUGUACAAUAUGAAGCCACCGGUAGUGUAACAUUCUCACUAAUAAAAGUCCAAAGAAAAGAGGCAUUUUUGUGUCAGUUUGUAGAUCACAAAUGUAAAGACAUUCUCAGUUUUUGUCAAAAUCAUGUAUUGGAAUCAGCCUAUUCUAAUUUUGUUUCAUGUUUUUAAACUGAAUCCUAAAUUAUAUCAUAUAUAUUUGGGUAUUUAAACAAAGAAGAAUUAAGUUCAAAUGUUCAAAUAAAAAUGAAAGAAAUGUUUGGAAGAAUUAUUAAUCUGAUAACUAGUGCUUUAUUUUGAAAGUAAUGAUUUUUCUGACUCAGAUAUGCAGUUAGACUAGCUAAUUGCAUAUUUGAAUGUUGCUGCAGUUCAUACAUAGCAAUUUGUAUAAAGCAAGACUAUUUGUAUGUGAUCUCUUUCUCUCUUUGUGUAUUGGUUUUAAUUCUACUGUUACUUAAAUAUGGAAAUUACUCACGUUGGCCGAUUGGUGUCAAUGCAGCAAUGCAGUAUAAUUACUCACCUAAUCCUGCAUUCCACUUCUGCCUAUGAUUUCCGUGACAAAGAGUUGUGUCGGCCAUGCUGCAUCAUGUCAGGGUGUUAGCUUUCUGGCUUGUAAAUUUCAUGCUCAGAAAUCUAUCAGUUGAGCUCCUUGAAAUCAUUUUGAAAUUUCCCCGAAGACUGAUUUAGACACAAAGUGUUUAAAUGCAUACACAUUUAAAUUAUUAACUGUAAAAGUUAGCAUCUUGAUUUGCCUUUAUUCAUUACGCAGUGGUUUUAAAUGAAUAAUCCAUAAAUGGCUCCACAAGCUAAGAUGGCUUUCCAGAACCAGCAACCUGAAGAUAAUGUCAGGCACAUGCCCUUAUCAGUUCUCCGUCCAACGGAUACAGAAUAUAUAGCUGGGCUGGAAAAGUGAUAAGGAGAUGUGAGUGACCACAGCACAACAGCAUCUGUUUCUCUAUGUCAUAGUGACAUGAAGGGUCUGUUGUCUCUAGGAUGAAAGGAGUUAAAACUUCAAAGUUUUCAAUAGUCCAACCACAGGUUUUCCAAAAUCCACCUUCCCUGUCGUCCAAGCCCCAACCUUGAGAGGGGAAUUUCUUCAGAGUAGAUGAGAGAUGGUGUGCUGCUUCCACAUUUCAGCCAAUAGAGACAGAAACCGUCCCUGCCGGUCCCUCAGAUCCUCGCAUGACAAAGAACUGGCUCAUCUCUAACCAGUCAAAGUUGCGUCCAACCGCAGCAGUCCUUCUGUUUGCCUGCUGACAAACUUUGGAGACACACCCCAUUAAUGAGUUUUAUUUCUGCAGAGCCCCGCCUGGCUCCCAGACAUCUCUCUAUUGUCAUUGGUUCCCAGUUAGAACUCACCAUACCUGCCCCCUGGCAUUUGUGCACUUGAGCCAAAAUGUUCUCACAAAUGUCAGUCACAGGGCAGAGCAGCCAGUGGGAUGUGAGAAACCAGGUUCAGUGGGUGUUUCCCACAGGUGUGGCCAAGCAGCACAUUCCAGUGUGAACAUACCUGUCACCUCCACUGGUGUUCAGAUGAUCCUAGAAAGUAAGGCUCAUUAUUGAUCAUGUGCUCUCCUUUUUCCUUGCUCUUGGGGCGUGCACAGAAGGAAGAGGAGGAAAUUACUCCAAUUUCACCUGCACAUAUAGGCACUCUUUUCAAUUCCCUCCUGCUACCUUUUUUAUUGUUACGCCAUUCCAACAUGUUCGUUGGGGAUAAAAGAAACAUGUCUCAUAUAAACACAAUGUUUUCAGUGUUCCCAGGAAGUUGCUUUCCAGAUAAUAAGAACCAUGUUUCAGCUUUUACAUGUGUGCCCAUGUAAGUGCAAUAUGUUGAGCAUAGGGAGCUUGUGGGUUUCUAGGAAAUCCCGUUGAAUCUGUAUCCACCCUGACAUGUGGCGUCAGUUAGCAUAGGUGCAGGCAGUGGCAUGUGCUGUCCCCCCCACAGCAGGGAACUUCAGAUUAUCUUCGCCUGCUUUCUGCCUCUGGAGUUCAUAAAGCCGUACAGAGAAUGUGUAUGAAGUGAAGAUUUGUGUUGUCUGCCCCUCUGGUAUGCAGGUGUCUGUCUUGACCUCCCUAAUCCAGUUGAUUUUUUGCUGUCUUUUUCUUGCUCCACCUUAUCGCCCCUCCAUGUCUGAGUUUGUCUCUUUUUCUGACCGAGAACAAACGUGAACAGUGUUUGCCUCAGGCAGGUGUGGGAAUGCAGGUUUGCUGCCUUCGUUGAAUUUAAAAGGAACAGAGUGUAUAAGCCCAAUGCCGUGACUACCUGUAGACGAGUCUGUGCCUGCGUUGAGCUGAGUCAGAUCAACCACAGUGAUGAAGGCCCUACGUUCACUACAGCCAUUCACUCUGUACAGCUGAACUGUAAAAAAAAAAGAAGAAAGUAUUUGCUCUCUUUUAUAUAUAUUAUCUUCAGUUGUCGAUUUGUUUGUCACACUUUAUUGUUUCAGACAAUCAAACUCUUUUAAUAUCAGACAAAAAUAACCUGAGUGGAUAUAAAAUACAUUUUUUUCAAUCAUAAAUUAAUUGCCUUACAACUAUAAUAACAAUCUGUUCCACCCUUAGGAACAGCAGCUAACAUAAAACAAUUUUUUAUUACCUAUAAUAUUGUGUUGAAGCAGUCCCAGACACUCCCAUUACAACCACCAUGUUUGAUUUUUCUAUUGUGCUGUGCUACUUUUAUGCCAUGUAACAGGAUGCAUAACUCUCAAAAUGUUCCUCUUUAUGAUGUAAACACCAUGUCAUGAUAUACGAGAUAGUAAGAGAUAGAUAAUCUGUGAAAAAAAUUAUGUAUGUAUGUAUAUUUAUCUUUGAGCCUAAAUAUUUCUUAAUCCUAAAAAUAUAUAUUUUAAAGGGGUUGCAUUAUGCAAAACUCACAUUUCAUACAUUUUUGUGCUCCUAUAAACAGCCUGAGCACUUAAAAAAACACUUAGGUGGUUGUGACAAAAAGUUAAUUAGCCAUUUCAAAAUCCUUUAUAAUGUAAUGUCACAAGUCAGCAGGUACUGCCCGUCACCUAGCAACCCCAGCAAAGCCCAGCGUGUUACCUAGUAACCCAGGCUGAGCUCCAUGUUGUCUUGUCAGCUGGUUUUCCUGGUGUAUGCAUCAUACAAUGGCUGCUGGAAAAGAGAAGUGUUUUAUUCUUGACUUACCAGAAACUAUUUGCUGUGUUUUUGUUGAUUGUGCAGGACGCUCUUCUUCUGCUUUUCAGAGAUACACAGUUGUAUAAUUGCACAUCUGUCCCCAGCCAUUUUCAUGUGUGAGUGUAAAUGUUGAGCUGGGGGGAGUGGCCGGCAGUAGCUUAUUUAGAUUUAAAGUGACAAGAGGCCUUAAACAGCUCAUUCUGAUAAGAGCUCAAAUAGGCAUAUUUGAGCAGACAAAAAUCUCAUUAUCUAGGAAUGAUUUUAUGGUAAUAAAUAUGUUUUGCAUAACCCAUAGACAUAUCCUACCCUGUUCAAGGAAGCACAAUAGGUGACCUUUACGAAAUAUUCUAAAUCCUAAACAAUUUAUGAAUUUACCUCUAGGAUUGAUUUGGAAGUUAUGAGACUGAUUAAUUUCUUACGUUGGUAAAGUCUAGUGCAACUGUCUCCAUCUAUAAGCAUUUGUUUUGUUACUGUAGGAUUAAAAAAACACUGGGAAUCACAUUAACUGUGCCGAGCAAAUGCAACAAAACAUAGCACUCUGUUGUCAGCACAAUGGGGAUAUUGGCAGUAGACACAUUAAGUUUGUUGAUAUGCAAUACAAAAUAGAGUGAACUCAGGAGUGGUUCCAGGGGAACACCUUUGGAUACAUUAAGAUAAAUUUCUUGACAUUCUCAAUUUUCUUGGAAAGAUGUUAUAUAACCACCCAGCAGCAUGUUUUGAGGCCGUGAUACUGAUAAGCAUUGGCUUUUACUUUACACAGUCCACUGUGUCAAAGGCUCUGUAACGGUGAAUAAAAAAGGGCUGAGCUGUGCCGCCUGUUAUCUAGAGCCUCAAUAAAAUUCUUUACUAUAUUUAAA